ACAACAUUUGCAUGUGUUUUGUGAAUAUGUCUUCUGAAUCAAACCCAAAGCCCCCCAUAAUUCAAGUAAAGAAUAAUUCAUGUCAUUUCAUUCAUUAUAUAUACAAGAAUGCAUUCUCAAUGAUUUCUCAUUCAAAUAUGUUAUUUCCAUUGUAGUUUUUGCAGAAGAAGAAGAAGAAAAGUGAAAGGUUGUAGUUUGUUUUAUCAAAAAAAAAAAAGCAAACACCUUUGAUCUAGAAAAUAAGAUGUCAAGCUCCAACAAUUCUGCACCAGAACAACUCUGCUACAUCCCUUGCAACCUUUGCAACAUCACUCUUGCGGUGAAUGUACCAUGCAGCAGCUUGUUUGAAACGGUAACAGUCCGAUGUGGGCAGUGCACCAAUCUUUGUUCAGUGAAUUUGGCGGCUUCCUUUCAAACAAGGGCUGGAAAAGAUAUUCAGGUGCCUAACUACAGCUCAUCGGAGUACAGAAUUGACCUAGGCUCUUCCUCCAGAAGCAAGAAUAAGCCGCUACCCAAGCGACCAACAACUUUAAACACAACAACUCCAGAAAGGGUUGUUAACCGACCUCCUGACAAGAGGCAUAGGGCUCCUUCAUUGUACAAUCAGUUCAUCAAGGAGGAGAUCCAAAGGAUCAAGAUGAGCAAUCCUGACAUCACUCAUAGGGAGGCAUUUAGCACUGCUGCUAAGAAUUGGGCUCGAUUCCCUCACGUUCAUUUUGGACUGAUGUUGGAGAAUGAUAAUCAACCUAAGCUCAACGAUGACUCAACUGAGCCAUUCCAUCAACUGCUUAAGUGAAUAAAAGACAAUUGAUUUUAUAAGAUAAUUUUGCUUCUAUAUUAUAUGGAUGUUGUUGAAAUAAAAGGCUUCCAUUUAUGAGGGUUGU